CACACUCCACAAGAGCCUUCCCCCCAGGUUCAGGUUCAGGUGCAAGUGCAGGUAUUUUCGUUCUUUGGUACUGGCUCGCGUGGUGCUGUGGUCGGCAUCCCACUUGCUCACUUGCUGCACUUGUCUCGCUUUUCAAGAGUCCCUCCCUGCUGCCAUGCCCUCACUUCUCCCCCCCCCGCUUCCCCCUCCCCCCCCCCCCACUGACUGGCAGGCGCAUCGCCACUCCCAAGACCCAAGGCAGCUCCACCGCCUGCAGCAGCAGCUCUUGCAACGGCUGUGCGGCAGGGGAGUCGCAGCAGGUCGUCGUCAGCUCCAAUCUCCAUCCAUACAGAGCUAAGUACCCCCCCCUCCAUCCCCCCCUCCCUCUUCGCCCUGCAUCCACCCCACAUUCCGCUCCGACUCACUCCCCCACGCCUCGCCUCCACCGCCCCCAUCCCCGCCCUCAUCCCCAGCGGCACUGUGGCACACCCAAGUUCCCCCUCCCCUAGUAGCAGGUUCAGCCUCCGGUGUAGAUGGUAUAGACGGUAUGGGGCCAUGGGCGUGCCACGUGCUGCAGGGGGAGAAGGUGCUACGCACUCAUCCAUGCAUCCACCCCCUUUCAUGCACGAGUGUUUUUUUCCACUCCGCCAUUCCCCAGCCGUAUUCUCUCCCUCACUCACUCCCUCCCUGAGUCGCUGUCUCCCCCUGGCUGGCUCCCAGCAGCCGAGGGGCGGAGGCUGCGUCUGUGAGGCGCGGAGGAGGAGGAGGGCAGCAGUACUUCACGUGGCACGCCCACGCCCAUGGCACACUGCCCUUGUACUCUCCAGCUAAGUAUUCCCUUCUCGUUACACCUUGCCUUUAUUUCUGCUAAUUGGUCUUGAUUCUGCGGUAUUCGUUUUUCAAAUUCCUUCUCCACUCAAAUCUUGCCACUGGUUGUUCCCGGCUCACAAGUCACAGACCCCUCUGUACUUCAGGUAACCCCUCAGGUUCAGCCCCCCUAAAGCCUUACAGCUCCCUCAGGUUAAAUACUACCGCAGGUUCACCCCCUCAGGUUCCCUUGGGGGUCUGUGGCUUGUGGGUUUGCCUCCACCAGUGGCGCCUCCCCUCUCUGGCCUUUAUUGCUCUCGGUUGUAUUUCACCCUUGAUGCCCUCGCUGCCCACUGACCAGCUCUGCUUGCGUCCAUGGCAGGUGGGUGGGAGGGGCGUGGGGUCAACACCGACGCUCCCCCACGCCCCUCCCCUGUGGUCGUGCAGGCAUGCACCACACGGGGAGGUAUGGAGCAAGGAGCUUCACUGGGGUGGGCGUGGCGCCUCCAGGAAGGGCUGGAGGCAGGCAGACCGCCAUGGGUGCAGCUCACCAGCUAAGUACCCUCUCCUCCCUGGACCUUGUCUUAUGUGCCGGUUGCUCGUAGCGUGUCUUUUAAUGCCUCCUCUCUUCAAAUCUCGCCACUGGUGGAGCCGGGCUCACAAGUCACAGACCCCCUUUACUCCAGGUAACCCCUCAGGUUCAGCCCCCCUACCUCCAGCCCCCUCAGGUUCAGCCUCUCAGGUCACUUUGGGGGUGUGUGGCUUGUGGCUAUGCGUCCACCAGUGGCGCCUCUCCUCAGUCUUGUCUUCUUGUCUCUUCGAUACUUCACCCUUGAUCCCCUCAUUGCCCACUGACCAGCUCUGCUUGAAGGCGUGGAGGCAGGCAGUCCGCCAUGAGUGCCUUAGAUGUCCAGCUAUGUACUUUCUCCUCCCUAGACCUUGUCUUUCUCCUCGCUAGACCUUGUCUUUCUCCUUCCUAGACCUUGUCUUUCUCCUCCCUAGACCUCGUCUUUCGUGCUGCUUGCUCGCACUGCUGCUCGUUUGUGUGUCGUUUAAUGCUUUCUCCCUUCAAAUCUCGCCACUGGUUGGGCCCGGCUCACAAGCCACAGACCCCCUUACUCCAGGUAAACCCCUCAGGUUCAGCCCCCCUAAGCCUACAGCCCCCUCAAGUUCCCUUGGGGGUCUGUGGCUUGUGGCUGUGGCUCCUCCAGUGGCGCCUCCCCUCUCUCGCCUUGCAGUUUUCUUCUUGCAGUCUCGGUUGUACAUCCACCCUUGACCCCCCUCGCUGCCCACUGACCAGCGCUGCUUGUGUGCGUUGCAGGUGGAGGGGAGGGGCGAGGGGGUCAACACCAAUGCUCCCCCACGCCCCUCCCCUGUGGCCGUGCAGGCAUGCACACGGGGAGGCAUGGAGCAACGGCUCGAAGGGAGACCAUUGGGGUGGGCGUGGCGUCUCAACCAAGGCGUGGAGGCAGUCCGCCAUGAGGGCUUCAGCUUUCCAGCUCGCCCCCGCGCUUGGACAGCUUAUUGUGCUGCUUGCUCAUGCUUCUGCUUGAUUUGUUCGCAUGUGCUUUAAUGCUUUCUCCCUUCAAAUCUCGCCACUGGUGGUGGGGCCCGGCUCACAAGCCACAGACCCCCUUACUCCAGGUAAACCCCUCAGGUUCAGCCCCCCUAAGCCUACAACCCCCUCAGGUUCGCUUGGGGGUCUGUGGCUUGUGGCUGUGCGCCCUCCAGUGGCGCCUCCCCUCUUGCCUUGCAGUCUUGUUUUUCCAGUCUCACUUGUACGUCCACCUUUGAUCCCCUCGCUGCCCACUGAUUAGCUGUGCUCGUGCCCAUUGCAGGUGGAGGGGAGGGGCGUGGGGUCACCACCGACGCUCCCCCACGCCCCUCCCCUGUGGCCGUGCAGGCAUGCACACGGGGAGGGGAGGCAGCCGUGUGGAUGGGAGGAGGGCAGCACUGCAGCAGAUGGGAUCGGUGCUGCGAGGGAGAGUAUGGGCACGGGGCUUGGCCUCUCAAGGUGCAUUACUUGCCUUUCUUGUUUCUCUCACCUUCAGUCCGUCUCCCUUCAGUCGUCUCUGAUUCUCUCGCCAGUCCCACACCUUUCGACUCACCAAUGCCCCCUGCCCCUCCUCUCCUGUCUCCCCCACCCCCACCCUGCCCCCCACCAGGCCACGUAGCAUCCAGUGAAGACUGCAGCAGAGCAGCUGAGCAGCAGACUGCCAGCCGCAGUUGCAGCAGCAGAAGCGGCGACCACAGCAGCAGCAGUGGCAGCAGUGGGGCUGGGGGGCUAGAGGGCAGGCUAGGCUAGGUCUAGGUGUGAGCGAGGUAUGGUAAAGGUGAGGUAUGGUAAAGGUGAGGUAUGGUACCAGGUGAGGUGAUCUGACUGACCCCCUCCUCUCUCUUUCACCCCCCCCCACCCCGCUGCAGCCUGAGGAUGGGAGCACUGGAGCACUGGAGCACUGGAGCACUGGAGCAAGGGCUGGAGGGUGGAGCCCACCCUCUCACUCACCUCCCCCCCUCUCUCUCUUCCCUUCCCUCCCAGCAGCACCACGCCUUGAGCACAGUGGAUUACCCCCCUCGUCUAAUCCCCCCCCCCCACUUCCCAGCAGCAUCUGGCAUCAUGGUGCUCUGCAUGGCUGGGGUAGGUAGAGGUAAGCACGCAUGGGGGUG